GUCGUGACCGGUCGAGACUCUGUCUUCAGCUGUCUUCAGUGUGACAUUCACACGUAUGAGUGUUGCCGAUAGAGUGCUCUAUGUUCGGGAGAAGUACCACGCGGUACCACGGUUAGGGGCUUUAGUCUUUGGCGUCUUUGGCGCUGUUGAGACCGUUGAGACCUAGUACUACACUACUGUAGAAUCCUACUGAUGCUACUGGACGAGGGCACACAAAGGAAACUGGCAACCGCAAUUUCCGAGCUGAACGUAUGAUACAGAAUGGAGCAGCGCAAAUUGUGGAAACGGCAAUGCAGUUUCCUUCGAGUGUCACACAAAUUUUGUCAGAGAGUAUUAAACGUUGGAGAACAGUUACCGAUGUGAAUCAAAUAAUAGUGCUGAUGUCGGUCGAUGUCAGUGUCGUCAGUGUAAUGGGACCAUGAGUGAAUAUUACGUUUUGACACCUGAAGCCGGAACUUCAAUUAUUAUAUGUAGAAGAGUGUACAUAUUACGCAGAAGUGAAUGCUUCAUGUAACUGAAUCGUGCAGAGUAUGUUUUAAAUCCUAAGGUCACAAUUUGCGAUGAUUGCCGGAGAGGUUGAUGCUACUUGCAACCCAAUGCAUUUUGUAACACAAGAUGGUUGCAAACCUGGUUCUGGUUACCAUGGAGAUAAGGGCAAUGAAACGAGCACAAUAUUCCAGGAACCAGUCACUACAACAUCUGAGCAUGACUGCAGCAGUUUUGACAUUGUGAAAGCUACACAGUAUGGGUCCCUUGCACGUUGUCAAGAGCUGGUAGAGGCAGGUUUUAAUGUAAACCAGCCCGACAGUGAGACAGUCACGCUUCUGCACUGGGCAGCUAUCAACAACCGUCGUGAGAUAAUUCGUUAUUACAUCAGCAAGGGAGCAGUUGUUGAUGCAGUUGGGGGUGAACUCUUGGCGACACCAUUGCACUGGGCAACAAGGCAAGGACAUCUGGGCAGUGUCACUCUGCUAAUGCAGCAUGGGGCAGAUCCUUCCUUGCGGGAUGGUGAAGGCUGCUCCUGCAUACACCUAGCAGCACAGUUUGGUCACACUGCCAUUGUAGCAUACUUUGUUGCAAAGGGCGUCAACAUGAACAUGCAGGAUCGCAAUGGCAUGACACCACUCAUGUGGAGUGCCUAUAAAGUGACUAGUCUUGACCCAACACGUCUCCUCCUAACGUUUGGUGCGUGCACAACAAUACAAGAUAAGCUGCAAGGUAACACAGCACUGCACUGGGCAAUCCUUGCUCAGAACCAUACCGCCAUCUCUACUCUUGUACUUCAGGGGGCAAGCCUUGAUAUUGCCAAUGCACAGGGUGAUACUCCAUAUAGUCUUCUUCAAUCUCACAAAAAUGCAGCUUGGAUUGGAAAAAAGGUGCAUGAUAAGAUCGAAGAAAUGUGUGGGUCAAAACGCCGUAACCCAUGCUACAAGAUCACUAGAGAUAAGAGGCUGCGUUUCUGGUGCAUGGUGUCAACGCCGUUCCUGGCCUUCUACACAGUGGGCAUCAUCCUUCAAUCUAGUCAGAACUAUCUAGUCAAGCUGGGACUCCUUGUGACCUGCUACAUAGUUCUGUAUAUGGCAAGCCAGGUCAUAUUUGAUGACCGACUCAUGAAUCUACUGCCUAUGUCUGUCUAUCUAGCCACCAAGUUCUGGAUGUAUGUGACGUGGUUUGUAUGGAUCUCUCCACACGUAGACCUGUGGCUGUCAGUGGUGUUCAUUUUAUGUUCUGGUGUUUUAUGGUACAACUUUCUACAUGCAUGGCGAGGUGACCCAGGCGUGUUGUCCAGCACUCAGGAACAGAAAUACAGGACAAUAAUAGAGCUGGCAGAACGUGGUGGAUUUGAACCCCAGUGGUUCUGUAGCUCGUGUUUGGUACGGCGCCCUAUACGCUCUAAGCACUGCUCUGUGUGUAACCGCUGUGUUGCAAAGUUUGAUCAUCACUGUCCAUGGGUUGGCAACUGCAUAGGUGCUAAGAACCACCGGUUCUUCAUUGGGUAUCUUGUAACGCUGCUGGCAAUGUGCCUCUUCAUGCUGUAUGGGUGUGUGCUUUUCUGGCAAACCAUGUGUGCCACCUCACUGGGGAAAAGCUUCUGGAGAGGACUGUCUGAAGUUGCAGUGUGUGAUGCUUGGGUGGCUUGGAUAGCAGCCAAUGCUGUGCUGCAUGCUGCAUGGGUAGCCACUCUAUUCACAUGCCAGAUGUAUCAGAUCAUGUGUUUGGGCAUGACAACCAAUGAGAGAAUGAACAGUGGGCGAUACAAGCACUUUCACAAGUCUGGCCAGCUGAGUGGAGCAACUCACAGCCCAUUUCACCAUGGAGUGUUCCAGAACCUGAUAGACUUUGCCCAGGUCCGGUGCUGUGGCCUGUUGAAACCUGACAGUACAGACUGGCUGACACGCUAUGACAUCAAGCAGUCUGUGGAGCAGGUUCCACUGCUCUCUGCUAAGGAGAAUUACCAAUAUGUAUAACAGAACAGCCCUGGUGACUUCAUGGCCAAGCUAUUACAAGAACUUGGUCUCAUUUGCUUCAUCCUCCUCCAUCUUUUGUUCUUUAUUUGUCAUCCUCCUCCUCCUCCACAUCAUCAUCAUCAUCAUCAUCAUCAGUAUAACAUAUGUGGGCUGUUCAAAAAGUAUUGGAUUGUUGACAGAACUGGUUGUUUUAGAAGACAGAAAUUGCAACAGAAUAAGGAACGUGUGCUGGUAGCAUUGGGCUAUCAUGUGAUAACUGUGUCCCUCAUGGUUGGUAUCAUCAGUUAUGAGGAAACAUUUAGGAUAUGAUGUUCUCCCAACAGUGGUUAUCAGGAGUUAUGUCUUCUGGGAUAUAAUGCUGUAUAGUCUAUCUUCAGGGUGAAGAAUAAGCGAAGCAAGAAACCAGUGUGAAGCACAUUGCAAGCACUACUGAAGGCUACUGAGCUGCUGAACCAGGAUGCUGGUUGACUUUUGAUUGACAGUGUUCUAUCCCAGAAGAUGGAGCUAAUCAUGGGUAAAUAGCAUCGAAAGGCAGACAUGUUGAAGGGGACAGAUGGAAUUAAUCAUGGAACAACACAUAUCAUCAGCUGGAUUAAUUGCCUGAGUUAACUGUUGCAUGACUGCUGCUCAUGAAGUAGUCGACGUGUUGUCUGUUUCAGUAGGUAGUAUAUACAAGGUGCGACAGUUUAAUUCCUGGAAUGGCCCUGUGAAAGCAGAAUUUGAUUACCUGUGCACUGUUGACUGCUGUCACCUUUGAAAUACUUUCCUUGUGAAGCUAUGCACUUCUUGAGAUAAUGGUGUCACUGCCAGAAACAGACUCGAAAAUCGUUUUCCGGAAUACCUCGCAGUAACAUUGUCACAUUGCAUUGGAUGUCAGGAAUGUCAGAAAAUAUUUGUCUGUUCAGGGCAUUUUUUAGUUUUGGAAAGAGCCCAAAAUCACGGGGUUGUGUCAGGUGAAUAAGAUGGGUGGUCCAUUUUUGUAAUGGGUUUCGUAGCCAGGAACUCUUAAUGCAUCAAGUGCAGGGGCAUUGUCAUGGUGGAGAAUUCACUUGUCAGGCCAGAGUUUGGGUCUUUUCCUCUGAACAUAUUACCAUAACCUUGUCAACACUUCCAAAUAACACUGUUGGUUCACCAUUUGCCUGUGUGAUGUGAAUUCAUAGUGAAGUGUCCCUUGUGAUCAAAGAAACACACAAGCAUGGUCUUGAACUGCAAGCGAGAUAUGGGUGCUUUUUUCAUUUGAGAUUAAUUCUGUGUUUUCCGCUGCAUGCUCUGCAUUUUGUGUCCGGGUUGUAUUGAAAACACCACUUUUUAUAACCAGUAAUGACCCUGUCAAACAUCUCUGCAUUGUGUAAAAGAUCAGAUGAAAUAUGAGGCUGACAUUGUUCCUGGUCAUCUGUAAUGAUUGAAGGCACCAUCUUUGUGGAAAUUUUUCUCAUUCCCAAAUCCUCCAUAAUAAUCUGUCUCACUGUUUCCCUAUUCAUAGUCAAUUCUUCUGCUAUUAGUCUCACACCUAAUCUUCAAUCUGAGCACACCAAGGUUCAUACUCUAUCCACAUUUGCAUCUGUCCUUUGCGUUCUUGGCUGCUCACUUCCUGGGUUAUCUCUUGCACAUCUUCUUGUCCUUCCUUGAACUGCCUAUGUCAUCCAGAAACACUCAGUUUCUUCAUAGUGUAUUCACCAUAAGCCACUGUUAAUAGGGCUCUCAUUUCACUAGCGCUUUUGCCGAUCUUCACACAAAACUUGAUGUUUAUCCGCUGCUCCAGAUUCUUGUCACUCAUUUUUCUGCCGACAGUAUACCACGGACACGUACAUGCUUGGGUACAUGUGUUUGCUGGACUCAGCGCCACAGUGACAGGCCAUGGCCAUUCCGGGAAUCAACCUUUAAUGAAGGAUUGUUAGAUACAUCUAACAGCAAGUAACCCUACGCUGUUGCCAAAUGUUAGAAUUAUCUAACACAGUACACGUGCACUUUUUGGGAGUGCUGACAGUUUGAUCUUCAGGUUGAAACCACAACAAAUCUACGCAAGGUCAAGUCAGUGGUUCAUUCGUUAGCUCAGAACAAUUAAAUCGUUUAU